CUUCCUGACGGCUAGUGGUGACAUGUCAACAACAAACAUGGCGACCAGCGGCAGCUACUGGGAAGACCUGCGUAAACAGGCCCGACAGCUGGAGAAUGAGCUGGACCUAAAGCUGGUCUCCUUCAGUAAACUCUGCACCAGCUACAGCAGCAGAGAGCAGCGAACCAGAGACAGCAGGUCUGAAUCUGUCGGUUCGUCUCAGGACAACAUGCUCGUAGCCAUGACGACUGAGCUGGAUCAGCUGUUGGCCAAUCUUUCUUCAGUCAAUGACAAGAUGGCCGAAUACACAAACACUCCGGGGGCUUCUUCACAUAACGCAGCUCUGAUGCACACCUUACAGAGACACAGAGACAUCUUACAGGAUUACACUCACGAGUUCCACAAAACUAAAAGCAACUUCCUCAGCCUGCGGGAGCGAGAGGACCUGCUGGGCUCCGUCCACAGAGACAUCGAAUCCUACAAAAGCAGCACAGGAGUGAAUAACAGAAGGACAGAGCUCUUCCUGAAGGAACAUGAACAUCUCAGAAACUCAGAUAGUCUUAUCGACAAUGCAAUAAGCAUAGCCAUGGCCACCAAAGAGAACAUCACAUUUCAGCGUGGGAUGUUGAAGUCCAUUCAGACCAGGGUCACAACUCUGGCCAAUCGCUUCCCAGCCAUCAACGGUCUCAUCCAGAAAAUCAAUUUGCGCAAGAGGCGGGACUCUUUAAUCCUAGGCGGGGUGAUUGGCAUCUGCACCAUCCUCCUGUUGCUUUACACUUUCCACUGAUUCUCCCGGAAACUGAAGAACAAAAUAUUAUUUUUUAUGUUUUCAUAUUUUAGUUUACCCUAUUAAAAGAAAGGCCUUUAUUUUGGAAAGAAAUUUGCGUCAAAUUCAUGAAGUCUUAAUCAACAUUGUGUCAGAUUGGAGAGUUUAUUUAUUUUCUGAAUUAUAAUAGCAUUUCCAUCCUGGGGUUUAUAUAUUGCUGCUUAUAUAUCCUGAUGUAAUUGUGUACUGUUACGUUGUCAUUUUUAUAGUACAGACGGUGCCCGAUACAAAAUAAAGCUGAUGAGCUCA